GAGGAGGGGAGUCAUGCAGUUUGCGGAUGCAGCUCUCCCGCCGAGCCACAAGCCAGAAGAGAGGGUGUGUGAGAGCAGGACAGAGGGAGAGUGUGUGAGAGUGUGUGUCAGGACUCAAGAGGACGUCACACAAGCCCAGAGAGAGAGAGGGAAACACGCUGUCACUGGAAGGCGUCUAUCCUCACGCGUUUCGGGGCUGACAGAGUAUUCCUGAAGUGGAUGCAGACGAUGAUUUAGUCAGCUCAAGUGGACGACAGAUUUCAAGUCCUGACUUACUUUCUGAGGGGGGGUUUUCCAACUCCUCUCGACUCAUAAUAAGACAUUAAUCAAGAUUGUGUGAAGUGUUUUCAAUCAUGGAUCAGCCAGCCAGCAGCUGCAUGCGGAGCGCCCACCCCAGCACCCCGAUCUGGGGCUGCAUGAGGAACCCUCACCCAGGAACCAACCUGCAGUCGCCCUACCAGCAGGCCCCGUUCUCCCUCCACCAGAAACCCGACUUCCUGGCCUACACAGACUUCUCCAGCUCCUGCCUGGUGCCGACCGCGCCGCACGCAGCCUUCCCUCGCGACGACAGACUCUACCAAGAGAGCCAGGGGGGUUAUCAGAGGGGCGACUGGCAGUUCAACCCUUGCGAGACGCGGGUUAGGGCGCCAGAGGCCUGCCCGCCUGUCGUCGCCCCCGUAGCAGUAGGCGGAGGGCCCGAGCUGGACAGUGUAGGAGACAGGCUUCCAGGGGCCGUGCCAGGGUGCCUGGAGGGAGAGUACUCGCCACAGAGCGUGGCGUCGGCCGACUCCGACAAGAAGAGCUCCAAUAAGAGGAAGAGAGAUGUCACAGAUAUCCAGGAGUCCAGUUUUAAGGUGGACUCCAGCUGCAAGGCCCGGAAAGAGCGCACAGCUUUCACCAAGGAGCAGCUGAGAGAGCUGGAGGCCGAGUUCACCCACCACAACUACCUGACCAGGCUCCGCCGCUACGAGAUCGCUGUCAACCUGGACCUCACAGAGAGACAGGUGAAAGUUUGGUUUCAGAACAGGAGGAUGAAGUGGAAGAGAGUGAAGGGAGGACAGUCGUCUUCGCCCAACGACCUGGAAAAUGACGACAUUGACUCGGCGGCGUCGCCCAGCUCUGAAUGAAACAAAAAGGAGGCCGGCGAUAUGAAACGAGAGACUUGGGGUCGACUGGACACCGACGCAGCUCAAUGCAACCUUAAUCACUUUGAAAAGCUGCAGGAAUCAAACAAGACUCUUUUUAAUCACCGAGCAUCUCUUUGCUGUUGUAAAUAGUCGAUUUACGUCCACAAUGAACUGCAUCUGAUACCGAUAAAGGGCUCUUGUUGCAUUGGGUGUGUUUAAAUAUUCGAUACUUCUGGUCAUUGUAGAUCAGUGACAAAGUCCAGACAGAAGCUCUGAGGCCAGUGAUGACAUAUCAGACCGUGAUGUGAUUGUGUUUGAGAGCAUCCCCCGUUGGUUCCAGUAUUGUAAUCAUGGCCUUUGACGCUUGACUACAACCACCUGGGAAAACUCAGACUGCACAAGUGUUGCCAAGCCAUAAGUGCCUCCGAAUCAGAUGAUUUUUUUUUCUUUUUGUCAGUUUCUUUUUCCUAGAAUAUAGUUGUUUUUUUUUUUAUCUGUCAAGCAUUUUUGUACUAUUCUUUUUUAUACAUGUUGAAUGUUAUUGAUAAAACACAGAUGUUGCCUGUUUCUGCAAAUAGAAUAAAUCAUCUGCUGCAAAAUGGGAAAAA